UAACAUUUUGUCAAAAACGUGGAGGUUUUGACAGUAUGUUUCAGAAUACAGCGACCAAUUCAAUAACCGUUGAAUAAUUCUUAAUCUAUUGACUGGGAUAACAAGUUCGUGAAUUAAAAGUGGACUGAAACAGAAUAGACUGCCUUCUAGUGUUCAACACCAAAGAGGAAAAAAAAUCCGGGAAGGAUGGGGUGUGUACUUAAACAUCUGACCAGUGCGACAUUGCUGCUGAUUCUAUUUUCCGCCGUUGUAUUGAAAGAAGUAUCGGGUGAUGAUGAUAACCUAUUGAAUGUGGCAGCGGCAGGGAAAUCAGUGAGCAAGGCUUCAUCAGAAUCUAAAGAGAAGGUUGAUAAUGAAAGUUCAGAUGAAGGAUCAUUGCUUAGCUCUCUAAGGAAAGCUAAAGGAAAUGUGGGAUUUCUUCAUGCAUUUGUGGCAUCUUUGUCUGUGAUAAUUGUGUCAGAACUUGGAGACAAGACUUUCUUUAUUGCCGCAAUUAUGGCUAUGCGACAUUCUAGGGUGACUGUCUUUUCUGGUGCUAUAGGAGCACUUGGACUUAUGACCAUUCUAUCAGCUGUCCUGGGAUAUGCUACAACCAUCAUUCCUAAGUAUGUUACUCACUAUGCUUCAUCGUUAUUGUUUGCUGUAUUUGGAAUCAAAAUGCUUAAAGAAGGCUAUGAAAUGUCUCCUGAUGAAGGACAGCAUGAAUAUGAAGAAGUUCAAGCUGAUCUUAAAAAGCGUGAUGAUGAGCGACUCAAACAGAGCUCUGGAGUACAGGAUAUAGAGACUGGUAUAAUAAGAACACCGGGACGAAACCUUUGUUAUGGAGUAUUAGGAACAAUUUUUCUGCAAGCCUUCACAUUAACUUUUUUGGCCGAAUGGGGGGAUCGGUCACAAAUUGCUACCAUCAUUUUAGGUGCAAGGGAGAAUGUGUUGGGCGUCAUCAUAGGUGGUAUUUUAGGUCACGCACUAUGUACAGGUCUAGCUGUCUUAGGAGGCAGAAUAGUUGCUCAGAAAAUUUCUGUCCGAACAGUGACUCUGACCGGCGGAGUAGUAUUCCUGGUGUUUGCUUUGUCAGCGUUUGCUGUUGGACCAUACUGACGAAGAAUCAGCUUUUUUAGUAGUAGGACUGUAUAAGAGAAUUUUUUAUUUAUUUUUAUAUCAGUAUGCUGUACUUUGUUGUUGGCGACAAAGAAAUGUGAUAUGAAAAUACUCUUUACUGUUUCUGAUGAUGUAAAAACAAAAUGAGAAUGCCUCUAAUCUUUCUGUUUUGGAUAAUUCCUCUGAAUAUUAAUUACAUAAAAUUAGUUUAACAUUUUUUCUGCCAAAAAAACAAUACUUUUUUUCAUUUUUGUAAUGAAGA